GCGGCGGCGGUGGGCGAAGAGGAGUCGGAGGUGAUGGGAAAGAAAAUUUUAGGAUUUAGAAUUUCUUAAACAGGGGAAAAGCGAAAUUUUUUUGUGUACCGUGGGUGGUACAGAAUCGUACACAUCGCUUGCGAUGAUUGAUUCUCGCAUGGGGUCGGUGAAUAAUUUUUUUUUUUUACACAUUGCAUUCUGAUUUUAUGCGUGAAUCGAUCAUCAUGAGCGGUAUACGUGGUUCUGCACCACCCGCGGUGCACAAAAAAUUCCUCCAGGGGAAAAAAUUGAUAGGGGCUUUGGGUUGGGCUGGGUUGGGCAAUGGGCAUAUGCGCCCUCUGGCUGAAAUCGAAGACUAUUUCUAGGCCGGGCCAGCGCUACCGUUGGAACCCAGUUCCCCCUGUCCGCCCAGCCCAACCCCCUCUUGGGCGAGUCCUCCGUUCUCGUGCCCAUCGCUAUCUCUUUCUCUCUCCUCCCCUGCCUCCCUAGAUCGACAGAAUAUCGACGAUCUCUACACCAGAAAUCCCAAAUCGGUGUAAUCAUGAGACUUAGCAAGACAGAAGUGAAUUUAAGAAGGUUGCUUGCAGCUGCUCCUCACCAGCAGAAUCAAGCAAAGCUCAUACAUUAUGUCACCACAUUGAGGGAACAGUUAGAGCAACUAGGGGCAGAGAUAACACCAGAGGGAAUACCAAGUGUUUCAAAAGCAAAAUUGAAUGAAUAUUCAGAGAAGAUUGAAGCCCUUGCUGCCAAAUUAUCUACUCCAUGGCCAGAACCUAUGAAGGUUGUUGAUGAAACCAAAGAUGAGGAAAGCCCCUUUAAGUCAGAACAGGAUGGAAACUAUGUAAACCGCCCUCCUGGCUUGAGAAGGAGAACUGUAGCUCAUGAAAAAAUUGAAGAUAGCAUCCAGGAGUCUAAGGAGAGGGACUCAGCAACACCAAUUAAGUUGGAUGCAGCAGCACAAUCUCACAUUGAGAAACAUAGAAAGCUUCAAGAAGAUUUGACAGAUGAAAUGGUUGUGUUAGCACAUCAACUUAAGGAAAGCAGUCUUCUGAUGAACCGAUCGUUGCAGGACACUGAGAAGAUACUUGAUUCUACUGAGAGGGCUGUGGAACAUAGCUUGGCCAGCACCGGCCGUGCCAAUGUACGGGCCAUGGAGGUUUACUCGGAGAGUUCCAAGACUACGUGCUUUACAUGGCUUGUAAUCUUUUUCAUGACUUGUAUUUUCAUCAUGGUGGUGCUACUUAUCCGUGUGACUUGACUUGUCUUCUGUAACCAGAUCAUGAGUUAAAUCUCUGCCGUUCCAAAUUCAAGGUAGCUUGCAUCCAUAUUUUGGUUCCUGCAUACCCCUAGCUCAAUGUUUUAUGUUAGGGAUUGGCCAAAAUAAAUCAUCUCCAAACUUCUUGUUUGUGAUAUCUGAUCAAUAGGAAAUUACUCUGCA